AUGAAAUGCGAUCGGCAAGUGCCGUGCUCAAACUGUGUCCGACGACAGCGCAUUGAAUUCUGUGCAGCAGCUCCGACCAGCAAAACGCUCUCCCGUCGAACUUCUCGGGACCAAUCCGGCCAACGGCAGGAUGCUGGGCAAACUGAGCAAGAGAUGCCGCAGUCCUCGAUCGAAUCUGGUGAGAACAUCUUGCCUACUUACCUUGCCGUCGAUCAUCAUGAUAUGGAAGAGGGACUGCACGAACAGCAGCCAUAUCACCUUGAUCCCUCAGAGCGUCAACUUCAAGGCGAAGCAGCGAGCGCAGCGCCACAGUCCACGGGUGGCAUUCAGCAUAACACUAUGCAUGGCAACCACAGCAACCACAAUGGGCUCGACCAACUGACCCUUCUGGCCCAAGCGUUCGAGCCAUACACCGUCCCAGGCCCUCCUGGACACAACUCAACUUCCGUGCCUUCUGCCAGGAUGCCCGAACCUCUGUAUAGCGCUCCGAGUGGAGCCAGUGGUACCAGCAAUGCCACCCCCCAAUCCAGCGAUGAAGGCGAGCGUAACGGCUCCUACGGUACACUGAUAGUUAGCAAAGGGGGUCGAUCCAAGUACCUCGGCCCGACCGCAGGCAGUGAAUGGCUGAAGGAGUCGGAAACCCAAGAUCCAUCAGAAAGUCCAUUGAUAACCCGGGCCCCUACCCCAGAGCUGCCCCAGGAUUCGGCCCCAUCUCUGAACAAUCAUCCCACUUCUCUCACUGCUCCCAUCGGCUUUCCUUUCAAUGCCUCAGCGGCUCACAUCAGUACGCGGGAUCUGCUGUCCUGCCUGCCUCCAAGGGAGGAGGCAUGGACCCUAGCAGAGGCUUAUUACCGCUAUUGCGCAUGGCACCAUGAUGUUGCUCCAAAGGCUCUUUUCGAAAAGACAUUUGACCGCGUCUAUACCCUUGCGGAGGGGGGCUCCUUAUCUACUCCUGGAAACCCUCAGGAGAUUGCACUCGUUUUCAUUAUCAUGGCACAGGGUACCUUAUUUAAUAUUGAGAUGUCCAACUACGAUUCAUCUGCUGAAGACUGGUUACAUCUCUCGGAACGGGCCUUGGUCAAGGGAGACUUCCUAUCGAACAACAUGGUUGCCGGACUACAAACUCUAGUGAGCUUCUAUUUCACUAACAAAGGUCGACGGGGUGAUAAUGCUUGGCCACUAUGGGGUCUUGUCAUGCGUUUGGUCCAAGCGAUGGGAAUGCACCGGGACGGUGCACGCUGGAAUCUACCGCACGAUGUCGCCGAGGAGAGACGCAAAGUAUUCUGGGAGUGUAAUGCCGCCGACGUUUUCCAGGCACAUUGCUUCUCAAGGCCGUAUGUAUCUCUCCAAAUGCCUGAGGCCAAGGCUAAAACCACCAGAUCCGCUAUCAAUCCAGAGCAUUGCGACACUGCAUUUCCCAGCGAACCACUCAAUCUGAGGGGCGAAAAGAGCUAUUCCAUUCUCCGCUUUGAGCUGUCUCAGCUGUCUUCCGAGAUUCUCAACAUGACGAUGAAGGUGCGGAAACCUGCGUACUCCGAUGUCACCAACCUAGAUCUCAGGCUCGGCGAGUUCGAACGCAACCUUCCAUUUUCCCUUCGCUGUCGAGCAGCGCUCUUGGCCAUGCCUUCUCGGUACCCCCAAUUUGAAGCGGCGAUUGAAGCAUCUCCAGAACCGUCCCGGAGAUCGAUGACCAUUUCCUUCCAGCAAACCAACCUCGCGCUGAAUAUCUCUGAGACCAUUAUCAACCUUCAUCGACCUUAUUACGCAAAGGCACUCUACGAUGAUGGCGAGAGUGUCGAAUCCAUUUAUGCUCCUUCAUUUCUGACCGUGAUCGAACGCUGUGCAAUCCUUAUCGGCAUCGUCAGCGACAUCCACACCCGUUUCCCCGCCGUCAGUGUCAGGCAGUGGAACUUCUGGUAUCACGUAUUUGGUUCUGCCCUAUGCCUGGGAACGAUGGUGUUGCGCGACCCGGGUAACGUGAUGGCCACCUUUGCCCUCGAGCAAAUUGACACCGCUAUCAGCUUAUUCACCUCGUUAAUUCAAUAUGGUGCCAGCACUCCCCGGUAUAAGCGUAAUUUGCAGUGGCUCUUGAAGCUCCGCGCUCGAGCAUUGUCCAAGAUCUCUGUGGCAGGCAACGGCAAGAAGGCCGACCCACAACGCGAUCCUGAUACAGAUCGGAGCAGCAACGGCGGUGACAGGGAGCACGGUGAAGAUGUUGAAUUGCUCGGCUGGCGGACCAGGCUCAUAGAGCGGGCGGGUCAGGACCGUCCAAAGAUUAUUAGGACUAUUCACCUUGCGGCGACCCCAACAGAUUCUCAAAUCACAGAGAACGCGAAUCCGCCACCGUGCCAAAAUCAAUUCGACGGUCCCCAGGUUCAGCUGAGACCAAAUGAUAUGAUGAUGCCCGGCGCAUCGUUCCCCAUGGCGACUCCUGAUUCGACAGACGACAUUCUACGCCAAUUCUGGGAUCCCAUGCUCCUCCAGAAUGUUUUCGAGUCCCCGUACGACCAGCCAAACCCUUUUAUUGACAGCAGUACCGCAUGGUGGGAUGACACUGCAAUCGUCCUGGGUGACAACCAAGCGCGGCUUUGA